UUCACAAUUUCUGAAAAAGCUACAAUAUGGCCUUUAGAAGUUUGUUUACAAUGCCCGUUGUUAAGGCCGACGAUGAAGAGGAGUUGGUUGAUCCCCAAGCAGUCUUGAGGGAAAAAUGCCAAUCAAAGGGUCAUAUCGAGUCCUUGUACAAUAAAUACCAGGAGUGCAAUGAUCGCGUUAACGGGCGAUCCAAGACCACGGAGACGUGCAUGGAAGAGUUAUUUGACUAUGUUGCGGAACUGGAUCACUGCGUUGCACACAGUCUGUUCUCAAAGCUGAAGUAAUUAAACAUGAAUACAGCUAAAGCUUAUUCUUUGAAAAUAUUUGUUAACAAAUCAGUAGUUUAAUAAACGAAGCUCGUGAAUUCGUUGUUUUUGCGCUUUA